AUGCGACCUCGGGAGCUUGUGACUACUGUCGAAUUUCCUUCAGACCUUCAUACAGACGGAUUCUAUCUCUCUGAUUUUGGUCUAUCAAAGAAGAUUGACGAUACUACUACUCAACAUGGCUGGACACCUAAGUAUUAUUGCUCUCCAGAACGAUUUCAUAAGUAUAACCCUAGCUUUGCUUGCGAUAUAUGGAGCUAUAUGGUCAUUUUCUCUGAGCUCUAUCUUACAAUCACUCCCUUUCCUAGAUGGUUUCUAGGUGGGCUUGUAACUGCUAUGGUUGAAUGCUUAGGCCCACUACCUGAAAGGUGGAAAGGUCUCUAUAACCAUCCCGAAGGACUUGAUUCAUGGUAUGAUCAGUCUCAAAUUGCUGAUCCAAAGGGGGGCUUUGCUGCGCAAAUUGCACGCCUUCGCCCCGAUGCUGAUGCAGCGGAGCAAGAACUGGUGCGAACUAUCAUGUUGAAAGUUUUUAUCUACGCGCCAGAAAAACGGCUGAGCGCGAAGGAGCUAUUGCAAGAUCCUGAUUUCAGAGCCCUCAUGGACCGGUAUGGGUGUUGA